CAAUUCGAAUGAGUACGAACUUUCCAUCGAGCGAACUUCAACUUCGUGUCGUACACUUUGCAUCGCGUGCGAUUAAUUCUAUUAUACUUGAUUCAUCAACUUUCCUCGGACUUCUUGCGGGAUGGAUCUGAACGAGGAAGACGAGAGCGGAAACGAGGGCAGGCAGCUAUUCCUGGUCAGCGCGCCGCGUGAUCCGCUGGUAUCAGCCGGUGCACUCGUGGCGUCGUCGACGAGUGUUUCCGAUGACAUCAAUCAGAGUGACGAUUUACAAUCGAACGCCCUGACCGGUCUGAUUGGCGGUGCGCAAUCCACUUCAGUCUGCUUCCCUGCGAAAUUCACGUAUGAUUUCUCGGCUAGUCCUGAAAACGAAGAAAGACCGUCUUGCAUUAUCGGCAAGAGGAAACAGCGUAGGUACCGCACCACAUUUUCCAAUUUCCAAUUGGAGGAGUUGGAGCGCGCUUUUCAGAAGACUCAUUACCCCGACGUAUUCUUUCGGGAAGAACUCGCAGUUCGUAUUCAAUUGACAGAAGCUAGAGUACAAGUAUGGUUCCAAAAUCGGAGAGCGAAAUGGCGCAAACAGGAGAAGCAAUGUAAGAUUGCAACUCACAUGACGUCGCACUUACCACCAUCAGAUUGUCAGGAUAUACAACAUCAGUCGCAACAUACGGAUCAUUUGUUGUUGGAGUCACCAUGCAGUCCCAUAUAUCUCGGGAUGGAAUGGGCAGGUUUCUCUCCUUACAAUAAUACAGACAGCGCAUCAUCUCUUAUCGUGAACAACAUGAGCAAGCCACCAGAGACAGAAACUGACAAUAAUUCAUUGCUCGAUCCCGAAUUACUACAAUUAAAGCCUCCACGUUCCUAAUAAUAUUAAAAAUAAAUAUAGCAUAAACAUAUUAUUUAUAAAUUGAAUAACAUAUUUCACACGUUUUUUGAGAAAUUUUACGCGCGAUUUGCUAAUUAUGAGAUAAAUUGCAAUAUAAAUUUUAAUUGCAAUA